AGAAAUUUCCCUUUGUGGACUGGACCAUUGAUGAGAAAGAGACCAGAUCAGUAAAUUAGUGGUCGAACCUUAGAGAGGUGUGAUAAACUGCUCUAACAAAUCCUAUUAAGUUAAGUUUUCUUUCUUUUAGCGCAAUUGAUUAAAUCAUACCUAAACUUGCAUAUUACUAGGUGUGAUAGACCUCAUACAAUCAAUUACUUAGUCCUGAAAUCAUCAGUUUAUUCAAUUGUUCAUGUAUUAUAACUUAGCAUAAAUCUUCAUAAAUCAUACAAAUGUCAUCACUAUUCUUUGAAUCUCCAACUUCAAAGAAAAUAGAACCAUUAACCAAUAUCGAAAAUAAUGAAGCACAGCUAAAUCUUGAUGUCUUAAGGUCAGCCAAUAAAAAGAGAACCCACCAGCAAGAGUCUCCAACAUCAAACUUGUCUGCCUCUAAUCAACCAACUUUAUCACCAAGUAAACGAUUAUACCUACAAAGUAUGAGUCCAAACGUUACAAAUAAGACAAUAUAUUUACAACCAUCUAGAAGCUCUAAUCCGAAGACUAAUAUAAUGAAGAGUAAUCAUAAACCAAGUUCUAGUUCAAUUGGAUCAGUACUUGCUGGAAGUUCUUCCUCAUCAUCAUCAUCUUCCACAUCCACUUCUUCAUCUUCGGCAGCAAAUUCAAAAGAUCCAACCAAAUCUAGAUUUGUUAGACCACCAUUAUUAAAACCAUUAUCAAUGCCAUCAAAUUUAAGAUCCAAAUCUUCUACAGGAUCAUUUUCUAGAAACUCUAUUUCUCCUUCUAGAAAAUUAAGAAGAACCAACUCUUUAAUUAGCCAAGGAGGUUCAUCAUCAUUUUCAGAAAAUCAACAGCAAUCUUCUACAACUUCUUCUGAUAGAUUUAUUCCUUCACGUCAUAAUUCCACUUGUGGGAAACUAGAAUCUUCCAUGAUGACUAUUAAUUUAAAUCCUAAUUCAUCCCCUCAAAGUCAUAUAAAGGCACAAACUUCUAAAAUUUAUCAACAUCAUGUAGCAGAAGCUUGUGGAAUUGAAAUGAAUUCAAGAAUUUUAAUGUAUCAACCAUUACCACCAGAAAGAAAGAAACCUAUUAACUUAUUUAAUCAUAUCUCAGGUAACAAUUCCAAUUUAAAAUCCAAAUUACUUACAAAAUCAAGUCUAAGACCAGCCAUUGCAUCUGCUAGAGCAAGUAAAAUUCCUACUGCUCCUGAGAGAGUAUUAGAUGCUCCUGGAUUUGUAGAUGAUUUUUAUUUGAAUUUGUUAGCUUGGUCUCUGACAAAUUUACUUGCCAUAGGAUUGGAAGAUGCAGUUUAUAUUUGGAAUGCAUCUACUGGUUCAGUAGGGAUAUUAUGUGAAUUACCUAAUAAAACAUUAGUAACGUCAUUAAGAUGGUCUGAUGAUGGAUCAUAUAUAUCUAUUGGUAAAGAAGAUGGAUUAAUAGAAAUUUGGGAUAUUGAAUCAAAUACUAAAUUAAGAACUUUAAAUUGUGAUAAUCAUCAAACAAGAAUAGCAUGUCAAAGUUGGAAUAAUCAUAUGUUAACUUCCGGAUCUAGAAUAGGAAAUAUUUAUCAUUCAGACGUCAGAUCACCCCAACAAAUAACGAGUAAAGCUGAAAAUAUUCAUACUGCUGAAGUUUGUGGAAUAGAAUAUAGAUCAGAUGGUAUACAAUUUGCUAGUGGUGGAAAUGAUAAUCUUGUUAGUAUUUGGGACGUAAGACAAAGUCAUUCAUCUUCUACUGCUCAACCAUUAUUUACAAAGACUAAUCAUAAAGCUGCUGUUAAAGCAUUAUCUUGGUGUCCUUAUCAAUCAUCAUUGUUGGCAACUGGAGGUGGAUCUACUGAUAAAACUAUAAAUUUCUGGAAUACCACUACAGGAGCAAGAGUCAAUACUAUUGAGACUGGAUCACAAAUCAGUUCUUUAAAUUGGGGAUAUGCCAAUGGGAUUGGACUUGAAAUAGUAGCUACUCAUGGAUAUCCUACUAAUAAUGUUACACUUUAUAAUUAUCCAACUUUACAGAAAACUGGAGAAAUUGUACAGGCUCAUGAUUCUAGAAUUUUAAAUGGAUGCUUAAGUCCAGAUAAUUUAACUUUAGCUACAGUAGCAGGAGAUGAGAAUUUAAAAUUUUGGUCAUUAUUUGAUUUAUAUAAAAAUAAUAGAUCGGGUAUUAAUGAUGGAAGAAUUAAUGAUGAUUAUGAUAAUGAAGAGAGUGAUUUAAUAGGUAAUGAUGAUACUAAGACUAUUAGAAAGAUGAUGAGCUUCCGAUAACCACCACCACUAAAAAAAAAAAGAGAAUUUGCAUCCAUAUUAGCAUUUGCAUCAAAAGGCAUAAUAUCAUGGUAUUAAUUAUAACUAUGAUUUAAUUUAUUUCUUUAAAAUAAAAGUUGACGAUUUUUCAUAUAGACUCUUUGCAAUUUAUAAUAACUCUUUAUAAAAAUAUAUUUAUAUACCAUUUACGAUUUUGCAAUAAUAUGCAGCCUAUAUGGUCGCAUGAUCAUUAGUUUUGGGUUGCCGCAA